UAAUAAACGCAAUGACAGUAAUCCCUGCUGCCAUAGUGACAGAGCGCGAGUGAAGCUAGCAGAUAAGCAAAAAUAGGUUUUAGUGUUUAUCUGUUAAUUUAACAACAGAAGUAAUGGACAAUUCCGGGAAAGAAAAGGAGGCAAUUCAGCUUAUGGCUGACGCCGAUAAGAAAGUGAAGUCUUCCGGCUCUUUUUUAGGAGGAAUGUUUGGGGGAAAUCACAAAGUGGAAGAGGCUUGUGAGAUGUACGCCAGAGCGGCCAACAUGUUCAAAAUGGCCAAAAACUGGAAUGCUGCAGGCAAUGCUUUCUGUCAGGCGGCCAGACUUCACAUGCAGCUUCAGAAUAAGCACGAUUCGGCCACUAGCUACGUCGAUGCGGGAAACGCCUUCAAGAAGGCAGAUCCACAUGAGGCUAUCAAGUGCUUAAACGCAGCCAUUGAUAUUUACACAGACAUGGGAAGAUUCACCAUCGCAGCCAAGCAUCAUAUCACAAUCGCUGAGGUGUACGAGUCAGAGCUGGUGGACAUUGAGAAGGCGAUUGCACAUUAUGAACAAGCGGCUGACUAUUACAAAGGAGAGGAAUCAAACAGCUCUGCAAACAAGUGUCUGCUGAAGGUGGCUUCAUACAGCGCUCAGUUAGAACAGUACCCGAAAGCAAUAGAGAUUUACGAGCAGGUUGGAACCAACACCAUGGACAAUCCCCUUCUGAAAUACAGCGCCAAAGAGUACUUCUUCAAAGCUUCUUUGUGUCACUUCAUCGUGGAUGAGCUAAACGCAAAGAUCGCUAUUGAAAAGUAUGAAGAGAUGUUUCCAGCCUUCUCGGAUUCAAGAGAAUGCAAACUUAUGAAGAAACUUUUAGAGGCCCAUGAGGAGCAAAACGCAGAGGCUUUCACAGAAGCGGUGAAGGAGUUUGACUCCAUCUCACGCUUGGACCAGUGGCACACCACCAUGCUUCUGCGGAUCAAGAAGACCAUUCAGGGCGACGAGGGCGACCUAAAAUGAUCUGGACCACCCACUGCAUGGCACCAUCUUCCCCCACUUCCAUUUCACAUCAGUUUUGUGCAAUGGCCUAGUCCAGGUUUCCCAAAACAGUAUGUCAAAAUGUAUUGCAGCAGCAUUUCUAGAGAAUAUACUUAUAAGCCUGUACUGUUAACAUUGAUAUCCAGUUAUAUAAUAUAGCACAUAUCAAAAUUUGGCACUGCAGUUCAAAGAUCUGCUCUGGUUUCCCUGGUGCGUUACGAGGGUAUUUCUGGAAACACGGAGAUUUGAGGAUACAAUGGGAAUUUGAGAUAGUCCUCGGGUUCUUUUGCAACAGUCACUGAAUUGCAAUGUGCUAGAGCUGCAUGAAUUGUACAGAUUAUUAAUUAUUGAGUCAGUGCAGCAGGAUUGUGUAUUUUGAUUAGUAUUAUUUAGACAUGGACCUUUAUGUUGUUUUAUUUGUGCAGUUUUUGUAGUCUGCUUACACUAGUUGGCAUGCAGGCCUCAAAAUGCAGCCCAUGUUUAAUUUUAAUCGGUGUUCAAGUAACACCAGACAUUCAUGCAGCACUGAGAAUUUCAGUUUCCCAUAAUCCACCAUUUUGAAUUGGAAUUUAAAUUCUUACAAAAAUGUCUUUAUCGUGUCAUACCUGAUGGAAAUUUCUAUUUUUAUCCACUCUUUGAAAUUUUACUUUUGGAUUGUUUUCUUAAAUGUAUAUUUAUUUAUUUAAUUUAAUUAUUAUCUGAAAUAUUAUAAUUAGUCUAAUAAUAUUAUAAUUAGCCAGAAAUAUUAUUAAUAUAUUAUUACUCUAGUAAUAUAUUUUUUACACCGUCUAAGUUAAAUCACCAUCUCCAUCAGCACAGAAAUUGAUGCGUUUAUAAAAUCCUUGUAUAACCUUUAUUAACAUGCUCUAUGUGUGUGUCGUGUUGUGAAUACAAAGCUCAUGUUACUCUCCACUCCUGUGGUCUUUAGCAGCGCAUGUCAUUCUGUGUUUCACGUGUCGUGACGUCUGUAUUUUACCAUAUUCUAGAGUUUUUAAGAAGCCAUGAAGACGUACCAAACAAUGUACUUUCCCACAGAGCAACUGAUGUCUUUGCUGAAUGUCUGUGAGAAUGUGCAGAAAUAAAAACCAGUACUGAAAUGGC